CUCGUCUGCUCGCUCUCGGCGGCCGCUCUCGCUGCGGCUGCGGCUGGGGCUGGGGGCGGCGGCGGCGGCGCGGGCGGCGGGCGGCGCGGGGCGGUCCGGCGGGUUCAAAGAGGAAAACAUGGCGGAAAACAAAGGCGGCGGCGAGGCUGAGAGCGGCGGCGGGGGCACCGGCAGCGCGCCGGGAACUGCCGGGGCCGCCGGGCCCGCGGCGCAGGAGGCGGAGCCGCCUCUCGCCGCGGUGCUGGUGGAGGAGGAGGAGGAGGAGGAAGGCGGCAGGGCGGGCGCCGAGAGCGGCGCGGCCGGGCCCGACGACGGGGGGGUGGCCGCGGCCUCCUCCAGCUCGGCCCCGACUGCCUCAACCCCCGCGGCCACCGUGGGCCCUGGAGUUGCCGGGGGGGCGGUCUCCACACCCGCUCCAGCUGCGGCCUCGGCUCCCGCUCCGGGUCCCUCGGCGGGGCCGCCUCCCGGGCCGCCAGCCUCGCUUCUGGACACCUGCGCGGUGUGUCAGCAGAGCCUGCAGAGCCGGCGCGAGGCGGAGCCCAAGCUGCUGCCCUGCCUGCACUCCUUCUGCCUGCGCUGCCUGCCGGAGCCCGAGCGCCAGCUCAGCGUGCCCAUCCCGGGGGGCAGCAACGGCGACGUCCAGCAAGUUGGUGUAAUACGAUGCCCAGUAUGCCGCCAAGAAUGCAGACAGAUAGAUCUCGUGGAUAAUUACUUUGUGAAGGAUACAUCUGAAACCCCUAGCAGUUCUGAUGAAAAGUCAGAACAGGUAUGUACUAGUUGUGAAGACAAUGCAAGUGCAGUUGGCUUUUGUGUAGAAUGUGGAGAGUGGCUUUGUAAGACAUGUAUUGAAGCACAUCAAAGAGUAAAAUUCACUAAAGAUCACUUGAUCAGGAAGAAAGAAGAUGUCUCAGAGUCUGUUGGAGCAUCUGGUCAGCGCCCUGUUUUCUGCCCUGUACACAAACAAGAACAGUUGAAACUUUACUGUGAAACAUGUGAUAGACUGACAUGUAGAGACUGUCAGCUAUUGGAACACAAAGAACAUAGGUAUCAGUUUUUAGAAGAAGCUUUUCAAAACCAGAAAGGUAUAAUUGAGAAUCUACUGGCUAAACUUCUUGAGAAGAAAAAUUAUGUUCAUUUUGCAGCUACUCAGGUACAGAAUAGGAUAAAAGAAGUAAAUGAGACUAACAAACGAGUAGAACAGGAAAUUAAAGUGGCCAUUUUCACCCUUAUCAAUGAAAUUAAUAAGAAAGGAAAAUCUCUCUUACAGCAGCUAGAGAAUGUUACGAAAGAAAGACAAAUGAAGCUGUUGCAGCAGCAGAAUGACAUCACGGGCCUUUCCCGACAGGUGAAGCAUGUUAUGAACUUCACAAACUGGGCAAUUGCAAGUGGCAGCAGCACAGCACUACUGUAUAGCAAGCGAUUGAUUACUUUUCAGUUGCGUCAUAUUUUGAAAGCACGGUGUGAUCCUGUUCCUGCUGCUAAUGGAGCAAUACGUUUCCAUUGUGAUCCUACUUUCUGGGCAAAGAAUGUAGUCAAUUUAGGUAAUCUAGUAAUAGAAAGUAAACCAGCUCCUGGUUAUACUCCUAAUGUUGUAGUUGGGCAAGUUCCUCCAGGGACGAACCACAUUAGUAAAACUCCUGGACAGAUUAAUUUAGCACAACUUCGACUCCAGCACAUGCAGCAACAAGUCUAUGCCCAAAAACAUCAGCAACUACAGCAGAUGAGGAUGCAGCAACCACCUGCACCAGUACCAACAACAACAGCUACUACACAGCAGCACUCAAGACAAGCAGCCCCACAGAUGCUACAACAGCAACCUCCAAGAUUGAUCAGUGUACAAACAAUGCAAAGAAGCAACAUGAGCUGUGGAGCUUUCCAAGCUCAUCAGAUGAGAUUGGCUCAGAAUGCUGCUCGUAUACCGGGGAUACCCAGGCAUAGCGGCCCUCAGUAUUCCAUGAUGCAGCCACACCUCCAAAGACAACACUCAAAUCCAGGGCAUGCUGGACCUUUUCCUGUUGUGUCGGUGCACAACACAACUAUCAAUCCAACGAGCCCUACAACAGCUACCAUGGCAAAUGCAAAUCGAGGUCCCACUAGCCCAUCUGUUACAGCAAUAGAGUUGAUCCCCUCAGUUACCAACCCAGAAAACCUUCCAUCACUGCCAGAUAUUCCACCCAUUCAGUUGGAAGAUGCUGGUUCAAGUAGUUUAGAUAAUCUACUAAGUAGAUACAUCUCAGGCAGUCACCUACCCCCUCAGCCUACAAGCACCAUGAAUCCUUCCCCAGGGCCUUCUGCUCUAUCUCCAGGAUCAUCAGGUAAAGCCAACCAAGGUUUACCUAAUUCUCACACACCUGUGAGACCCCCUAGUACUUCUAGUACUGGCAGUCGAGGCAGUUGUGGUUCAUCAGGGAGAAAUGUUGAGAAGACAAGCCUUAGUUUUAAGGCUGAUCAAGUGAAGGUCAAGCAAGAACCUGGUACUGAAGAUGAAAUAUGUAGCUUUUCAGGAACUGUGAAACAAGAAAAGACAGAGGAUGGCAGAAGGAGUGCCUGCAUGUUGAGCAGUCCUGAGAGUAGCUUGACACCACCUCUCUCAACUAACCUACAUCUAGAGAGUGAGUUGGAUGCAUUAACAAGCCUGGAAAACCAUGUGAAAAGUGAACCUACAGAUAUGAAUGAAAGCUGCAAACAGUCAGGACUCAACAGCCUAGUUAAUGGAAAAUCCCCAAUUCGAAGCCUCAUGCACAGGUCGGCAAGGAUUGGAGGAGAUGGCAACAGUAAAGAUGAUGAUCCAAAUGAAGACUGGUGUGCUGUCUGUCAAAAUGGAGGAGAUCUCUUGUGCUGUGAAAAAUGCCCAAAAGUUUUUCAUUUAACUUGUCAUGUUCCAACUCUUCUUAGUUUUCCAAGUGGGGACUGGAUAUGCACAUUUUGCAGAGAUAUUGGGAAACCAGAAGUUGAGUAUGAUUGUGAUAAUUUGCAACAUAGUAAAAAGGGGAAAACUGCACAAGGGUUAAGCCCUAUGGACCAAAGGAAAUGUGAACGUCUACUGCUUUACCUCUAUUGCCACGAACUUAGUAUUGAAUUCCAGGAACCAGUUCCUGCUUCGAUACCAAACUACUAUAAAAUUAUAAAGAAACCAAUGGAUUUAUCCACAGUGAAAAAGAAACUUCAGAAAAAACAUUCCCAGCACUACCAAAUCCCAGAUGACUUUGUUGCUGAUGUCCGUUUGAUCUUCAAGAACUGUGAAAGGUUUAAUGAAAUGAUGAAAGUUGUUCAAGUAUAUGCAGAAACACAAGAGAUUAAUUUGAAGGCUGAUUCAGAAGUAGCUCAGGCAGGGAAAGCAGUUGCAUUGUACUUUGAAGAUAAACUCACAGAGAUCUACUCAGACAGGACCUUCGCACCUUUGCCAGAAUUUGAACAGGAAGAAGAUGAUGGUGAGGUAACUGAGGACUCUGAUGAAGAUUUUAUACAACCCCGCAGAAAACGCCUAAAAUCAGAUGAAAGACCAGUACAUAUAAAGUAAUAUGACUUGAACUUAAAUCAGUUGUUUAAAAAAAAAAGGAAAAAAAAACAAAGACCUUUUAUUUAAAUGUUGCUGGAAUCUCUUGCCUAUAGUGGGCACCUCCUUGAAGAAGCUGGUAGCUUUUAUUCAGUAUUAGAUUGAAAUAAUGGACAGAAAACACAUUCUUCUCAAGGGUGAAGAACUCUCACUUUAAAAGUAAAACCUAAUAGCAAAGGUAAAAUGAUUAGAAGAUUUCUGUUAUUAAAGAAAAUGAUUCUGAUUGUUAGAAUGGGCGGAUGUUGAUGAUCUUUUGGUAUUGAUUGGUACAGGGUACUAGGUGUACUAGUGAAUACUUGAGGGUCUCUUGGACUAGAAUGCGCAGUUACAAAGCAACUUCUAUGCCUCUCCUUCCACACAUACAUACUAGUGUGUUUUCUAGUUAAGAAAAGAAAAUCAAAGUCACUGAGAUUUCACUUUGUCAAUGUGUACUAAAUCAUGCAUUUUUUUUUCAUUUUGAUACUGUUGGGCCAUAGUUUUUAUAUUGUUUUAAAGAACUCAACAGUUUCAUUUCCUGUUCUGAGUUAGAAUAUAGGAAGCAUAACCAUUGACCUUCAUAUAUCAACUUGAAUGUUCUACUGAAAUCAAAAUGAUAACUUAUCAGUAGCAGAUCAUAUUGUUAUAAUAAUUCUCAGAAAAUGUUUCCACAGAAUUGCACUUCCAAGUUCAUUUUAUCAUACUAUUAUUCCCAUAAAAGGCAGAAUGUUUGAAAAUUGAUGUAGUUUUCUGUACCUUGAAACUUGAUUGAGGUGACAACUGGCUCUUAUCCAGUCUUCCUUCAUAUCAGUUUUCCGAUAGACCACUAUUGGCAAACCGUAAUCUGUCAACUACCAAAUGUGUAAAAUUUUCUGUAUUUCACUUUGUCUUAUUUGUAAAUAGUGAACUAAAACUUCUGGCAGAUCAGCAACAUUUGCUGAGCCUGUUUUUUAAGCUAUUGUGUAUUCUUACUAAUGUUCCUAUCAAGAAUGGAUUUGUAAUAUAUGCUGUCUAUUUCUAAUGUUCACAUUCAUAUUUUGAGGUUUGAUCUUAUUUUAAUAGAGAACAGACUUCUCAGAAAAUCUUCAGAAGCAGCUUAUUAAAAUAUCAAAAUAUUGAAAUAAACCCGGUGGGGUUAGAUUAAGUUUCUGUCCACCAAGUGGGACAUUUGCAUGGACUGAGGGCUUUAAGGACUUAGGAGAGACCUGUAAGUAAAUCCUGAAAAUGAGCCAAUCCCCACUUGAAUGGUUAUUGAAGUAAACCCACCUUUACUACUGUACUUUCAGUACUGGAGGCAGAUAAAUCACCUUGGCUCUAGGUCAUUUUUCUUUAUUUAUGAUGCUCAGAUCCAAGAUAGGUGUUGGAUUUUAAAAAAUUUUUAGUCCUACUUUUUUAUGGGCAUCUUAGCGUAUAAGGUGACCAAAAUAUAAGACUUCCCAUUUGAUAUUUUCCAGAUGUUAGCACAUUUAUGGCAUAUAAUAACACCUUUAAGGAAUUCAGCUUAAGCAGUUCAGGCAGUAGACUACUCAGAAAAAAAAAAAUUAUUGGAUACAAUUGUCUAAGAGGUAAUUAUUUUUAGUGCGUAUUAAAUCAUAUAAAUUGCUCUAAAGAAAUUAUUAUACAAAUACCUUUUUUUGUUCCCCUUAAAAAAGGGUGGGAGUAGACAUGAAUAUAAUUAAGGCCUUCUGAUGGUGUUUUUAAACAGUAUUGAUUUGAUUAUUGCUAUUAAAUGACUUUAAUAUGCAGCUACUUUUAGAUUCUUUUCAGUUUUAAGUUAAACUUUGAUAUUUCAAAUUUGUUCUAUCCUUUUACUCCUAAGAAAUUACAUAAUUCCUAAAAGUCCUCUUGUAAAGGGGAGAAAUCUGUUAAGAAAUGUUUUAUUUUGUGUAUAUGUCCCUCUUCCUCACACAUACAUGAUUUCCAUUUAUCAGGAAUCACAUCUAAGGACACAUUUUUGGAAUAGGUAAAGUAUUGGGAUAACUUCACUUUGUCAAGCCUCUGAGAAUUAGUAUUUUAUUCUAGCUCUUCAUAUGAAUUCCUUUCACAGUUCUUAGGUAACAAGUUAAUAUUAGGUUAACCAAGUGGGUGGAGGUUUAAAUAUUUUUUGUAUCUGUUUUUUUGAAAGAUAAUGUAUUCCCUUAAAAGCAUUUUGUUGUUAAAGUGGGGUUUUAGUUGGGGUUUUUUCUUUUUUUUUUUUUUUGCCUUUUUUUUUUUCCUUCGAAGAUUGGUUCUUAAAAAGCAGCUUAAUUGUGAAUAUUUAGUGGGCUCCAUUUCUUUGAGCAAAUAUAAGUCAUUGUGUUAUCUUUAACUACCAACAAACCACCAUUAAAUAAAAGUGGUAUUCACUUAGAUCUUAUUAAAGCAUUUUUCAUGUACAUUGAUCACUGUGUUUCUAAGUUGAUUUGUUCAGCACUAUCUAUAAUAAUUAGUUAAAAAGUUUAAAAACUUAAAUUUCCACAUUUUACAUGUUUUCCUAAUCUGUUUAACAAGACAAUUCACAUUUGUAUUCUGUGUUUAAAGGCAGUAGUUUCUAUCUAGGAAUGUUAAUGUUCCUUUGAUAGAUAGUGAAGUUUUGGCCACACUUCACUCUCCAUCGCCCUUCGGAACACUUUAAAAAAAGUAUACCUAAAUCUUUUUUUCUUUCUUGGUUCAGCUGGUUUGUUAAAUGUGAAGGAAUUGCUUUGCAAGGUGAAGUAUACAAAUGAGUGGUUAGAUUGUAGCUUUAUCAGUUAAUCUCAACACAUACCUUGCCAUCUAAUUAUCAGUGGCUAAUGUUAAUUAGCCAGGAGAUUUAGGUCUUCUGACAACACCAUUGAAUUUGUGGCCUAUAUUAUUAAAACAGUUCCUUAAUAUCUAAAAUUGGAAGUAGAUGCUGUGGCCUAUAAUCCCAUGGACUUAUCUACUCCCACACAUAUAAUACUUAAAAGUAGAAACAUUUCUCAUUUAAGUCAGCUCUGCUUAUUUGCAAUCAUCAUUAUUAUUUUAUAAACCUCUCUACCCCAAUUCCCUUGAUAAAAACGAAUUCUUAAUCCAUACCAUAAAUUCUUAAUACACUCCAUCUACACUAGUGAUCUGCCGAAGGUGAUCCAAGGUGUUUCACUUUGAUCAUGUACCAGAGCUGGAUCUUGUGUUUUUCUCUCACAGUUAUCUCCUCCUUAAUAAAGCAAUAACACUGCUUAAAGUCUGUUGCCUAAUAUCAUGUCAUAAUCCUCUCCCAGAUGGCAAUUUUAUAGGAAAGUUUGUAUGCAUAUCACUCAGUCUAUCUUUUAAAAAUUAAGAAAUUUAACUGUAUGCUGGAGCUAAUAACAAUAUAUUGUGGCAUUUUAUUUUAAAAUUUGGGGAAAGUUCCAUAUUUUUUUAAAAGUAGGUGUUUGAGUAAAAAAAAAUUGAAGGUACUUUUUUAAGAAAAAAUUUAUAUGCCACAGUUUACAUAGACAUUUCAGAUAUCAACAUGUACUCUUGGAUAUGAUGGUUUUUUCCUUGGUCAAAAAGCAUGUAUAGCGUUUUCUUCCAUCUUAGUCCCUUGUGUUUGCCUUCGUGGUCUUUUAUAUUUUUUAUUAUAUUUGAGAAACAAAUUAUCUUCAAAGAUAAAUCAAUUUGAAUAUAUUUGUCAUAACCAAACUGUAAAGUAUACAAAAUUUAGACUAGCCCUUUUCUAGAAAGUAAUCUUUGGAAUUCACCAAAUUUGUAUGUGGGAAGGCACUGAAAUGAUUUUGUAAGUGUCACUGCAAUAUUUCCCUUCAAGAAUGAUCUAAAUUUAGUGAAAUGCAUGUCUACUCCUGGUCUGGAAAAUGUAGGCAUUUACUGUAUCUUUUAAAUCACAGUGAAACAUGUAUAUAAGCCUAUAAAGAAAAGAUUUGUGCAAUCUGAAAACUUGUUAAUUUUCUACAUAGACAAAGGGUUAAAUCCACAGCCUUACUAAUUUCUUGCUUCCAGUAUAUCAACUGGUCUUCUCCCCUCAUUAUGUUUUAUUACUACUCUAAUACUACUAUUAUUUUUGCACAUAGUUAACUACCCUUCAAUAUGAUUCUUUAAAAAGUGCUGUUUCUGUGGUAUUGUAAUCUCUAAAUAAUCAUAUUUAAUUUUUUAAAACAAGGUUGGAGUUUAUAAUUGUUUUGUUCCUGUGUUUUUUGUUGGUGUGUAAUAAAACCAAGACUUUCUUUUCAUGGUUAUUUAAUGCAUUAGCUGCCUGUAAAUAUUUCUUGUUAUAAUGCGCUGGAAUGUGUUGUAGAAGUUGUAUUAGAUUAGGUUAAAGCCUUGUUUGAAAGCCACCUUGUUUUGGUUUAUUUCUAUUAAAUUAGAGAAUUGAAAACAUU